UUAUCAUUAUAUGGAUGAUAUUUUACUUGCAGGAAAAUCACCCCAACUUUUACAAUCAGCGGUAAAGGCAACAGUGAGUAGCCUGGCCACUUAUGGCCUUCAAAUAGCUCCAGAAAAAAUUCAACAAAAAGCACCCUGGAAAUAUCUCGGGUGGAAAAUUGCAGAACAUACAAUCGAACCUCAGAAUGUGCAGUUGCAAAUUGAUGUUAAAACACUGAAUGAUGUACAAAAAUUAUUGGGACCCAUUAACUGGGUAUGCACAAUACUUGGAAUUGAUAAUGUGGUGUUGAAACCUUUAUUUGACUUAUUGAAAGGCGAUUCAAAUUUAAAUUCACCUCGCUAUCUGACAGAGGAGGCAAAGCACUCGUUGCAAAAGGUAUCAAUCUUAUUACAAGAACGACAAGCAUAUCGAAUUAUAGAGGAAAUACCUGUUAAUUUGUUUGUGAUCAAUCAAGAGAAGCAACCAAUGGGCCUGCUUGCUCAGUGGCUCACAUCUCAGAACCCACACCCAUUAAUUAUGAUUGAAUGGGUGUUUCUGCCUCAUCAGUUCCAAAAAACUAUAGUAACUCGGGUGGAAAUGUGUUCUUUAUUAAUACGCAAAGGUCACGAAUGUCUUUUAGAACUAACUGGAAAAGACCCACAAAUUAUUUAUUUACCCUUGACACAAGAUUAUCUACACUGGUGUCUCGCGCAAAGCCCUUCACUACAGGUCGCUUUGGAAGGGUAUACAGGACAACUCUCUGUCCACUUUCCUUCGCAUAAGCUCUUUACUUUUUAUUCUGAAAUUUCUUUGAUUUCUCGACCUCGACUUAGUGAUGUACCGGUAACAGGAAAAACAUUUUUUACGGACGGUUUGGGCCGAACUGGGAAAGCUGUUAUAGUGUGGUAUGCAAAUAACCAAUGGAAUCAUCAAAUACAUAAAACAGUCGGAUCUCCAGAAAUUGUGGAGUUAUAUGCUGUAAUACAGGUUUUCCAACAAUGGAGCGAACCUUUAAAUUUAAUUACAGAUUCACAAUAUGUAGCCAAUGUGGUCUCCCGCCUGGAGCGAUUGUGGUUGAAAGAGAUCCAAACUGAACCUCUUUUUGCAUUAUUUAAACAACUAUGGUACUUGUUAAGACACCGAAAGACUCCCUAUUACGUUUUACACGUUCAGAGUCAUACCACCCUACCUGGUUUUAUUACUGAAGGAAAUGCCUGAGCGGACCAGCUUGCUGCGCCGGCAUGGUCUGUUCCUAUCCUGAAUAUUCUAGACCAGGCCCAGCUGUCUCAUGCAUUUUUUCAUCAAGAAGCAAAGAUGUUACACAAACAAUUUCAAUUGUCAUGGUCAGAUGCACGGAGUAUAUUACAAACGUGCCCUGAUUGUCAGAAUGUUACCCCAAUACCAUUACAGGAACAAAUUCCAGAGAUCUCCGAGCAUUACAAAUUUGGCAAACCGAUGUGACUGAUAUUUCUGAAUUUGGACAACAGAAAUAUGUGCAUGUCUCCAUUGAUACUUUCUCCAAUGCUAUCUGGGCCACUGCAGAAUCUGGGGAAAAAAGCUGAGACGUCAUACGCCAUUGGCGAGGAGCUUUCGCAGUGCUUGGAGUUCCACAUCGCAUUAAGACAGACAAUGGCCUGGGAUACAUUAGUACGAAAAUGCAGGCCUUCCUAGCAUCAUGGGGUGUUCAACAUAUUGCUGGUAUACCCCAUUCCCCACAAGGGCAAGCUAUCGCUGAAAGGGCGCAUCGUACCUUGAAGAGAGUGCUAGAAAAACAAAAAGGGGGAAUGCUGGGUGAAACCCCACAUACAGAAAGCCCUUUACCUUCUCAAUCACUUAACUCUAGCUGAAGAUAAAGUGGUGUCUGAUGGGCAUUCUAACCCAGUUAUACUCAAACGUUUUUUAUCCUUAACACCUUUACAAACCCUAAGUUCUAACCAGAAUGCCCAAGUUUUGGUAAAAUCUUUAGAAACUACGAAAUGGGAAGGACCAUUUGAUCUGAUAACAUGGCUUGAGGGUAUGCUUGUGUCUCUACAGGCCAAGGCCCACGUUGGAUACCAGCACGAUAUAUCCGACCUUAUCUAUGACCUAACGAUACAUGCAUUGAUGAUUCGCAGGUGAAUCGUGGAAUGUAAUUAAGAUACAGAGGUCCCUCUUCGGGGAACCAGUCAGCGGUCUGCAGUCUCCUGCCGGACUAUAUCUCGACUUGACUGGUAAUCCACUUGCAUUGGACUGGGAACACGUUAAGGUUGAAGACGCACCUCUAGAAAUGCAGACAGCAAGGACGAUUCCUUGUAUUACUUGUAAUACAAGGAAUCAUACUGUAUGGACUAAAUGUGAAUGUGUGGAAUGCAGGCGGAAGUGGUUUUGUGAUUCUCAGUUGAGAGGCAUUGUGUAAGUGGUGCAGGAAAGAUACGGUAACAACACACAGACCUCAAAUUGUGGGGUUAGUGUGUGGAAAGACUCACCUAGUCCCGCACCUUUGGCAGGUUUGGAAAAGUGAUUGGGAAAAGACAAAGUAUAAGUGUGCACGAGGGUUUAAGUGGAAACUUGGAAAGGUAGUGGAAGGAGAUGUUGAUUACGAGACACAAAUCUUCUGAAAUUUGUUAAGGCAUGAUGAGUUUUGACAAGUGAGGCCUAUUUUGUCUUGUCGUCUUUUUCACCCUUCUUACAUUAAGUAGCUUGAUUUGGGUCCCAUCCCAGCCAAAAACAAAUAUAUGGGUCACCUUGGCAAAUUACACAGGAUAAGAUACACUAUGUUUAUCAAUGUCGUCUCCAUCCAAUCCAUUUACCACUUGCCCUGUGGGGCAGCCUGCCGAUAAUUGGCCUGUUCCUUCAGCCCAACAGGGAGUGCCACAAAAGAAUGGAGUAGUAGACACUUGGGAUGGGUGGACUCCAUACCUGUCCCACGCUGAGUUGGAACCACAAGAAAUAGACCUGCUAGACUCAGUAAAAAUGGACUAUUGUCUCUAACUACUCUGGAGGCAAUAGCAGCAGAAUUAUACAAUGGUUGAAUGCUACUUUACCUAUAUUCCAGAAUACCAGUGCCUGGUGUAACUAUACAUCCCAUAAUAUAUCACGAUCCACUAAUCAACCUUUAUGGUUACCACCCGUUUUUUUCCUAAUAUGUGGUAACAGAGCAUGGCCUGGCAUUGCCUCCCACGCUCGCGGUGGACCAUGUAGUAUAGGCAGACUAACAAUAUUAACCCCAAAUAUCUCUAUGAUACUAAAUUAUACUGGAUUUCACCAUCUCCACAGGUUAAAGAGAUCUGUUCAUGCUUUUACUCCUAAUUGUAAGGAUACUGCUACAUUGUGGAAUCCAGGGAAAAUUGUUGCAGCAUCCUUUUUUACACCAGGAGUAGCUGCAGCACAAGCUCUCACAACUUUAACCAGAUUAGGAUGCUGGCUUGCCAAACAAACUAAUGCUACGUCAAUUGCUUUAAGUGGGCUUUUGUUACAUGUUGAUUCUAUUAAACACGCUACUUUGCAAAAUCGAGUGGCUAUUGAUUUUUUGUUGCUAGCACACGGACAUGGCUGUCAAGACUUGGAAGGGGUGUGCUGCAUGAACCUGUUGGACCAUUCUCAGUCUAUACAUGCUAGCAUCAGGACUCUAAUGGAGCAAACAAAAAAAUUGCAACAAGAUGAUGGUUUCUUUGGACUCGACAACCUCUUGAAAGGUUGGGGUAUCACGGGAUUGUUAUUAUCCUUAGUGAAAGGAGGCUUACUAUUUUUCGUGAUCAUUAUUUGUAUCGUGUUAAUAGUCCCGUGUCUCUUGACAUGCCUACAGAACGUGAUGCAAAAAAUGCUCCAUCAAGUCCUAAUGGUAGUGACGUGUGGAGAAAGGACUUUACAACCACUCAGCCAAUAAGGUUGUGAAGUAGGUAUGUUUAUUCAGCGCUGGGCGGCACGGAGGUCAUCCCACCAAAGUCAUGUCCCCCGGCAGCCGUUUGUCUUCUAAAUAUAUAGCACUGCGGUUACAUAUUCAUGAGAUCGGCUCUACAUACUCAUAACCCAUCCCUGCUUCGUGUGCUAAUUAAAACUCCUCCCACCGCGCCUGCGCAGUGCUCCUGGUGCUGGCCGUAGGGGGCCGUGAGGAUGAAGGCUAACGGCUCCUCUUCCUCACCGCAGGUAACCUUUUGGCGCAGGCUCAGUUGCUCCGUGGAUCGUGGCCAAACCACAGAACUGUCUUCCGGCUGUUCUCUUGCGCGGGCUCAGUCUCUCCUCUGGAUUGGACGAUCCCAUCCCAAAAGUCACAAAUGUAACUAACUUUGCAUAAGUGUUAAGUCCCGCGCUUUGUUAACCCUUAGGCUGCACUAACAAUACGAUUAAGGUAUCUCAUACUAAUUACUAAUGCGAAUUAAGACUAAUUACCCAGCCAGCAACAGUUUUUGGGGUUUUUUUUAAAUCUUAGGAUUCCCCUAUCUCAGUAGAUGUAACCUGACAGCGCGUGAACAUGUACUUAAAGUAUAAAAGCAGCUUUCUUAGAGUAAUAAAGCUCUUCGGUUGAAAAGGCUACCGGAGUCCGUGCAGUCAUUCUCCACAGCCGACCACCGCGGCGGUCCGCCAGCCCCCGCUGGGCCUGCCCGGGCACCUCCCGGGCCGCCGGUUCUAACGGCGGCGGCUCCACCCAAGAUGGCGGCCGCCAGUCAAGAUGGUGGUUGUGAGGGGCCGCCCGCUCCCGCCCCGCAGAGCUAGGGAUGCGCGCCGGGGUGGGGACGGCGCCCCGGGAUCGCGGUGCUGCGAGCGCGGGGAGAGUAGGCCGAGCCGCUCCGCCCGCCCAUGCCCGCAGUGGGGCCGUCCCGGCUCCGGCCAGCGGCGGUGCAGAGGCCGGUUCCCCGGGAGGCGGGCCCGCCCCGCCAUGAUGUCACAGGGCCGGCCCGCCCGCCGCCGCAGUGACAGCUCCGCCCGGUGCCCGUCCGGCCCUGCCCAGCCGAGCCGCGCAGCCGGAGCGGGAGCGGGGCGGACCGGCCAUGGCCGACGACUUCGGCUUCUUUUCUUCGUCUGAGGCGGCCGGCGCCGAGGAGGACCCGGCCGCCGCUUUUCUGGCCCAACAGGAGAGCGAGAUCGCGGGCAUCGAGAACGACGAGGGCUUCGGGCCGACCGACGGCGAGUCGGCCACCGCCCCGGCCGGGCAGGCGGCCCAGCCGGAACCGGCUGGUUUCCAGAAUGGAGGAACCACUGUCAAUGGAGAUGUCUUCCAGGAGUCCAACGGCCCCACCGAUGCCUACGCAGCCAUAGCCAAGGCUGACCGGCUGACCCAGGAGCCAGAGAGCAUCCGCAAGUGGAGGGAGGAGCAGAAGAAGCGCCUGGAGGAGCUGGAUGCAGCAUCGAAGGUGACUGAGCAGGAAUGGCGUGAGAAGGCCAAGAAGGACCUGGAGGAGUGGAACCUGCGUCAGAAUGAGCAGAUGGAGAAGAACCGAGCAAACAACAGGAUCGCUGACAAAGCCUUUUACCAGCAGCCGGACGCCGAUGUGAUCGGUUAUGUGGCCUCGGAGGAAGCGUUCCUGAAGGAGUCCAAGGAGGAAACCCCUGGCUCCGAGUGGGAGAAGGUGGCCCAGCUCUGUGAUUUCAAUCCCAAGAGCAGCAAGCAGAGCAAGGAUGUCUCGCGGAUGCGCUCGGUGCUCAUCUCCCUCAAACAGACACCCCUGUCCCGUUAGCUGCUGCCUUGCACAGCUGGAGCACAGCCGGGCAGGGCUGGGCUCACCGAGCCCAAAGAGGGGCCUCAUCCUGCCUGCUCCCUGCUGUGCGCCUCUGCUGUGCUCGAGUCACUGGUUGUAACUCUCCCCAUGGUUUUCCUUUGCUUAAAAGGUGCAUCGGUCUCUUUUUACACCUAUUUAUUACACUGUGGCAUUUCCCCGGGAAGCGACACUGGGUGGCAGAGCUGAGUUACAGCGGGGGAGCCCCCAGCCUGGGCUGAGCUUGUGCCCAGGGGCCCGGCUGAGUGAGAGGGGGAACACCCCCCCCGUGUUCCCCUCCUCACCCCUGCGCUGGGAAUAAACCCACCUGCGGCUCUUCUGGAGCAGCUCCAGGCUCCUGGAGCAGCCCCAUGUCCGACCCUGGCACCCAGGCAGUGAUCCCAGGGGGACCCCGGGGUUGUCACCUCCCUUUCCCGGGGGGGUUAGAGCAGAGCUGGUGUGGGAGGCUGGAAGAACAGCCUUUACCCAGCUCUGCACUGCUGAGUCCUGCAGGAGCAUGGCUGCAGCGCGAUGCUGCUGGGCUGAGGGAUGUGAGUGCAGGCAGCCAGGCUGGGCCGGGACUGCCCCUAGCCGAGCAGAAUGCUCCCAGCCUGGCCGUGCAUCCCAAAAAGCUGGUGGGGCUCCAAGCAGCGGUUGCAGUGUCUGUGUCCCAUCCAUCCUGUGGGGUUGCUGAUGCCAGGCUGAGGUGAUGCAGGGCACUGGGACAAGGCCAGUCCUCACAAGGGUGAGUGUGUGGAAUGUUUUCUGUCCCUCCAGGAAAGCCACCAGCAGUUGGCAAUGUGGGUGCCAGGCUUUGGGACCCUUGGCUCUGCUCCUUCCCCUGCUGCUAGGAUGGGAACUGGAGGCUGUGUGGUUGUAGGGAAGGAAGUAGGAAGGUUGCGCCCCCACCUCCCUAACCCAGGGGCGCAGAGCAGGAUUGGGCAGAGUUCUGGUGCUGGGGCUUGUACUGUCCCUGGAGAACAACCUGCACAUCUGUCUGCAGCAGCCCUGUGGCUUCUCUUUGGCCCCUGCUGGAUUUACACACCUCAGGCAGCGUGGGGAGAUGCCUCAGUCCCACUCCCCAUCCCACAAGAUACACUUUCCAGCCCGAACACCCAGUUUCUCUCCUCUGCUUGGCAGGGCCAGCACCAGCCCCUCCAGCUUGGAGGCCCAGCUCUGGAAACCUGCAAAACUCCCGGCUAGCAGGAGAGGGACAGGCCUGUGGCGUGGAGCAGAGCCCACGAAACAUUUGCUUGAGCAUCACUGCAGAGCCCUGUCAGCCAAACAGCAAGUACACAAAGCUCUCCCACCCCGCAGCUAUGCAGUCAGGAAGGUCACCUCUUCAGGGGUGACCAGGCACCCCUGGCUCAGGGCCACAGGCUCAGCAGGGAGCUGGGAAGGGGAAUGGGUGUGUGGGGAGUCACUGUGUGCUGGGAUUGUGCCCCUUGUCCAUAGGGCUCAUUGCUCCUACUCUGUCCCACUGCACUGCAGCACACAAAGGCAGCUCUGCUGGGGUGCAGGAUGGACACUGGUGCAGGGGAUCUCUGGGCUUGGCUGCCUGCCUCUGCCUCUCACUGCAGAGCAGCGGGAAGUGAAGCAGUGUCCCCCCCGCCCUGUGCUCUGUCCCACCAGCCCCCCUGGCAGCCGUGCCCCCAUGUCAGGCAGGGCAGCCAGCUCCCGGGGAGCCGUGCCCACAGCUCUUCUCCACCCCCCUGGCUUUGGUAUCUGUGACUGUUCAAAUGACCUGUUACAAUAAACCCACAUCUCCAGUCCUA